AUGUUACGUCGUUUCUUCGCGAGAAGAGGAGUUCCAUGUUUGAUAACCAGCGAUAACGCUCGAACAUUCGAGCUAGGUGAGACAAUACUCAAGGAGAGCAUUCAGGCGGCAAGACACGACCCGACAGUCUUACGAGAAUGGAGUGAUAGGGAGAUUACCUGGCGACAUAUCACGCCAUACGCUCCCUGGCAAGGAGGACUCUAUGAAAGGCUAAUUAAGUCAGUUAAACACUCUCUGCACAAGACUCUCGGAAGAUCGCUGCUUUCCUUCGAGGAACUGUCGACUACCGUAAUCGAAAUCGAGGCUUUGCUCAAUACAAGUCUUCUAACAUACGUGUCGAACGAUAUCAACACGUCUAUCUUGCAUCCGAUAGACUUCGUACAGAAGGACUUGCAGCUAUCUUGUCCCUUAGCACCCAUUUUAAAUGAAAAGGAAGGUCCCACAUAUAGACCUGCGGAAGAAGAACCAACGCUCCAAACGAGGAAACAAGCACUUCAAGCGUUGGACCAUCGUGCAACUUUACCGAACGAUUUUGGCACGUGUGGCAAACCCAAUAUCUCACUGCUCUAUGCGAAAAGCAUAUUCUCAACGUCGGACGUAAGAGGGGAUGUGUGCAGCUCCCGACAGAAGGACCAAUCGUUCUACUGUGUGAUCCGAUACAACCACGCCAUUACUGGAAGAUGGACAUUAUUCAUGAGGUUGUGA